AUGCCCAAUUAGUUAAUGGUAUUAAUAGCAUUUAUAGAAGCAUUUAAGCUAUUGAGAAAACAACAAUAUGAGAAAGCGAUAGAGUUAAUUGACCGUAUUUUACUCAGAUCUCCAAAUAUGGCUGAGGCGUAGUACUUGAAAGGUUUGGCUCAUCUUGGUUAAAACAAUUUACAAUAGGCUUUGUAUUUUUGUCAAAUGGCAACUUAACUCGAUAAACAACAUUCGAAGGCCUUGGCAGAAAUUGGGAACAUAUACAUAUUGAACAAAAAGUAUUAAGAGGCUCUUAAUGUGUUUAAUAAAUUAGUGGAAAUGAAUGAAAAAUCAUUUGAGGGGUAUUUCGGAAUGGCUUUUGUAUUAACAAGGCUAAACAAUUUCGAGAAGGCUUAAUGCUAUUACGAAACAGCCCUGGAAUUAAAAUAAAAUGAUAAAGGAGUAUUAUUAAAUUAUGGUCAUUUAAAAGUAAAACAAUAAAAAUACGACUAAGCUUUGGAAUUGUAUCAACGAGCAUUAAAAUAAGAUCCUGGAUAUCUUGAAGCCAUUCAAUCUAUCUGUAAUUUGUUCAUGAUUUAAAAAAACUAUGAAAACUUACAUGAAUUUUGUGAUCAAUAAUUAGAAUAGUAAAUUCCAUAAAUUUAGAUUGCCAUAUUAAAUUGCAAAAGUCAAGCUUAUUUUUCUUAGAAGUUAUUUGAAAGGUCAAUUAAUUUAUGCAAUGAAGUACUAACACUGGACUCCAAGAAUUUAGAAGGUUUAUUUGGAAUAGCAAUGAGUCUAUUCAAUUUAAAUUAAUUAAACCAAUCUUUAGAAUACUUUUAGAAGAUUCACACCUAAUAUCCAAAGGAAAUAAAAUCUUUUAAAAUGAUUAUUAAAAUUCAGAGCACACUCUAACAAUAUUCUUAAUUAAGAGAAUAUUGUGAUUAAUUACUAACAAUCGAUCCUACUGAUUAUUCAACCUACUUUUUUAGAGGACUUGCUUUUAUGCAAUAAUAAAAUUACUAAGCUGCUCUAGAUGACUUUAACAAAGUAAUUGUUCAUGAUUAAAGUAAUUUCAUGGCAAUAAAGCAUAAAGGAUUUUGUUUAAGUAUGUUAAAAUUGUAUAACCAAGCAAUAUAAUGCUAUGAUUAGAUCAUUAAAUACAUUUUAGAACCAAAAUAGAAAUCAAUGUUAUUGUUUGAAAAAGGGUUUUGUCAUUUGAAAUUACGUUAAAACUUGUCUGCUAAACAGAAUUUUGAAGAAGCCAUGGAGAUAGAUUUUAAUAACUAAGAAUUAAAACUUAAAAUUGCCAACACAAGUAGAGAUAAUAAAAAUUAUGAAUACGCAAAUAAAUUGUAUAAUCAAUUGAUAACCGAAAAUGGAAAUAUCCCUUUAUAUUAUAUAGAAAAGGCUUAAAUGUGCGAGUAAACCAAAGAUUAUGUUAAUGCAAAGAGUGUCUAUGAUGAACUUAUAGCUUUGAAUAAUCAGAAUUUUGAAUUUUAUCUCAAAAGAUCCAAAAUUAGAAUUUAACUCAAGCAAUACACAGAAGCAAUACAAGACCUAUAUUAAGGCUUGAAAUUGGAUAACUAAUAAUCAGAGUUGUAUUUUGAACUUGGACAAUUACUAUAUUUUUAAUAAGAUUUCAAAGAGGCAGCUGAAAUGCUUUAAAAAGCAUGCACUUUAAACGAUAACAUUGAGAAAUAUCAUAUAAGAUAUUCGAUUGCUCUGUAAAUGUAAUAGGCUGAUGAUGAAGCAAUCUAACAUUUAAAAUGUGUCAUUAAAAAACAUCCAGAUUUCGAAGACUGCAUCGAUGUUUUAGAAAGUUUACAAUAAAAAUCAUGCUAUACUAAGGAAUAUAUAUAAGUGUUUUCUUAUAUCCUUGCUUCAGUUCUUUAGGAAGGCAUUCUUAUUAAUAAUCUAAGUAAAGAGGAAAUUAAAGAAUAACUAAGAAACUAAAUGGAGAAAUUGUUGAAGGCAACAUAUCCCAAAAAUUUUAAUAUUUUUGAAAUGUUAUUCGAAUUGAUGAGUAAUUAAGAAAAUCUUAUGAUAAUUCAUAAUAAAGAUGAUUUAAAGCAGGUCUUAAACAAUCUUAAUAAAAAUAAUUUUGGUAGCAUAGAAUAGUGUGCAGAAUAUAUUAUUGAAGUUUCUAAAAGAAUGGCUUCAAUAUGGACUAGCAAUAGUAAGAAAGUAAGUGGAUUAAUCAAUAAAGAAUUUUAAAGAGAAGCAAUGAAACUAAGAUUAGAGUAUCCAUUCAGUAAAUUCUAACAUAAAAUUGUUUGUGCAGCAAUAAGAGAUUGUUUAGGAUUGCUCUUUAUAAUUAUUGUUAAUUCGAUAUGGCAACGAAUCUAAUUUUAAAAAUAUGAUAGAGAAAUUACUUGCAGAUGGCUGUUUAAUGAACCUUGAUAAGAAUUGAAUUCUAUUUCUAUACUUUUUAUUUAAAUUUAUAAUA